CCGCGGCCGCCGCCCGCCUCCUCCUGCGCCCGCAGCUCCCUCGCCGCGCGGCCCUCUCCGGCCAGCCGGCCGCCCCUUCCGGCCGCUCGCUCACCUGCGCCGCGCUCACCUGGCCCCCGGGCGCCGCGGGGCUGCAGGAUGAAGGACCGGCUGGAGCAGCUCAAGGCCAAGCAGCUGACACAAGAUGAGGAUUCCAUGGACGUGGAGAUCGCCAUUGACAACACGGCUUUCAUGGACGAGUUCUUCUCGGAGAUCGAGGAAACCCGGCUCAACAUUGACAAAAUCUCAGAACAUGUGGAGGAGGCCAAAAAGCUCUACAGUGUCAUUCUGUCUGCACCCAUUCCAGAGCCAAAAACCAAGGAUGACCUGGAGAAGCUCACGGCGGAAAUCAAGAAAAGGGCCAACAAUGUCCGCAACAAGCUGAAAAGCAUGGAGGGCCAAAUUGAAGAGGAUGUGGCCCGCUCGUCCGCAGACCUGCGCAUCCGGAAAUCCCAGCACUCCGUCCUGUCCCGGAAGUUUGUGGAGGUGAUGACCAAAUACAACGAAGCCCAGGUGGACUUCCGUGAGCGCAGCAAAGGGCGAAUCCAGCGGCAGCUCGAAAUCACUGGCAAGAAAACCACCGAUGAGGAGCUGGAGGAGAUGUUGGAGAGUGGAAACCCCGCCAUCUUCACUUCUGGGAUCAUCGACUCUCAGAUUUCCAAGCAAGCCCUCAACGAGAUAGAAAGCCGGCACAAGGACAUUGUGCGGCUGGAGAGCAGCAUCAAGGAGCUUCAUGACAUGUUUAUGGACAUCGCCAUGCUGGUGGAGAACCAGGGUGAGAUGUUAGAUAACAUAGAGUUGAAUGUCAUGCACACAGUGGACCACGUGGAGAAGGCGCGGGAUGAAACGAAGCGAGCUGUGAAGUACAAGGGUCAGGCUCGGAAGAACCUGAUUUUUCUCCAGCCUGGAGUGGUCACCUGUGACUUCAGAUGGAGUUGGAGUUGGAAUGGUCUUUCCAAGAGCGAGAGCAACCCAUUCCUUUGUUUCCGUGUAACUACCCUUGGACUUGACACAGCCAACAAUCUAGCCCUGGAGGAAUUCUGUCGGCCUAAUACAACCCUGAAUUCUUCUCCACACCUUCUCCUGCCCCACCAACUCCGAAGUGCCUUCUCUCCAGGAUGAUGAAGGAGCCCUUUGUGUUUCUUCAUUCCUACGUGUCAAAGUAUAUGUUGUGCCUUGAAAAGCUUAGCUGAAGCUUUCCCAAGGUGCUGUGUUUUCUACCUCAGGGAGUAUUCUUCUCCUAGAAAUUGCUUUGAUUUUGGUGGGACUGCAGUAGUUGCCUCGUAAAAGAAAAGGGGUUCUUCCAAGUUUGGCAGUGAUAAGGCUUGGAGACCUGAGGCUUCCAGCAGGCAGGAUCCUGAUCCUAUUUGACAUUGGCUUUGUCAGAAAAUACGAGGGACUAGCAGUUGUCAUUUUGGGCUUAGAACCUGGCUUGUUUGAAUUCUGCCUGAAAUUAUCUUCGGUGUGAUGACCGACCAACUUUGAUCUCUAUGUAUAUUGUAUUUGCUCAUGUUUACUCAAGGAGGCAACAGGAUGACAGUCACUCAAGGCUACCAUCUGUUAGCUUUGAAUGUCAUGUUUCCAUGUCUGAGUCUUGAAAACUGGCUGUUGGCCAUGCUCGGGGAAACCAUUGCCUUGAGACCAAAACUAACCAGGCACUGAAAAUUGGGCCAGGGGCUAGUCUCGGGUUCUGGACAUGUUUCACACAGAAUGAAUUUCAGUCACUCAUUUCAUGCAUCCAGAUGUAUAUUUUUAAAAUUGUGUUUGAGGUGCAUAUACAUAGAUGUGUGUGUUUCUCAGGAAAUACAAAACUAAGAAAAGGAUAUUUAUGACCUUAAAAAAGAACUACCCCAGGGGGUCGGAGAGAUGGCACAGCAUUAAGGCAUUUGCCUUGCAUUUAGCUGACCCAGGACAGAUCUGGGUUUAAUUCCCAGCAUCCCAUGUGGUCCCCCGAACCUGCCAGGAGUGACUUCUGAGCACAGAGCCAGGAGUAAC